CGUUGCCUCUGCCAUUACACUCACCACUGUCGAAGUUGUUGUCACUGUCGUCUUCAGUUGUCACUGUAGCCGAAGUUACAGUUUUGACCGACGACCACACCGUUUUGAUUGUCUCGGCCAAGCGACCACCGUGCUGUCAACGACGCUUUCAUCAAAGCUCCAACUUACUCUCACGCGCGUCCUGUCUUCUCUUUGGCAGCAAUUGAGAGAGACCAGCUUGCCUCUUUCUCCUCUUUCAAGAUCUGUGCUUAGAGAAUAUUGGAUUUUUAGAGUUUCUCCCUCCUGUUCGUCCAUGGCUUCUUUCGCUGUUGUCUCUUUUGUUACCCGUGCGUUUGACUCGUCAAUAGUGGCAAAGAUGACUUUUGUUAGUUUAUUUAUACCACGAAGGCUCUUCAACAAUGACCUCUUUAUCAAAUGGAUGUGAACAAUGUGUUCCUCAACGACGAUUUGCAAGAGAUUUAUAUGGAACAACCUCCCGGAUUUGUUGCUCAGGGGGAGUCUUCUAGGGGAUGUUAAGAAACUACUUGUCAAUAAAACUGGUUUAGAGCCUGAAGAGCAACGACUUUUCUUCAGAGGGAUAGAAAAAGGUGAUAAUCAGCAUUUGCACCUCGAAGGUGUAAAGGACAAGUCAAAGAUUUUACUUUUGGAGGGAAAUGCUAGCAAAGAGAGGAAACUUGAGGAAACCAGAAAACAAAAUGAGAUGUCUAAAGCUUUUGAGGCUAUUGCUAGUGUUAGAGCUGAGGUGGACAAGCUCUCAAAUAGGGUCACUGCCAUAGAAGUAGCUAUAAAUGGUGGGAAUAAAGCUGCUGAGAAAGAGUUUCUUGUGUUGGCAGAGUUGCUUAUGAGUCAAUUGCUAAAACUGGACAGUAUUGAUGCUGAAGGUGAAGCAAAGUUGCAGAGAAAAGCUGAGGUGCGUCGUGUGCAGACCUUAGUGGAUAAAUUAGAUUCUCUAAAGGCAAGAAACUCCAAUCCUUUUAUCAACAGUAGCAGCGCUGUCAAGGUAACAACCCAAUGGGAAACCUUUGACUCUGGAAUGGAAAGCUCGGGUACGCGAUCAGAUAACUCACCUUCAACAAAAAUAUCUCAAGAUUGGGAGCGAUUUGAGUAGGCUCAGAAAUUGUUUUGGAACAUUGAAGUUAUAACUCUUGUAUAACCUGCCCAUCCUUGUUCCAGAUUCAUUUUUUAUGUUUGCUUGAACUCUUGGCGCAACGGCAAGAUCGUUGCUUUCUGAUAUGGUACGCAGAAGUUUUAAUAGCAGAAAUAUUCUCUCAAAGCUAAAGUGGCAUGUGUUAAGUCUAUCCUUUGCACUUGAUUUUAGGCGAAACAUGUAUAUGAAACUGUAUUUAUACUUGAAUAUUAUUGCAUCCUUAGAUAAGUUUUUUGUCUUC